AUACGAGCGAAAGACCUCUCUGCUUUCCUCUCGAAUAUCCUUUUACUGUUUACACCAUGUGAUGAAAGAGUUUCUAUCGCUAUGUUAUAAUCAUCUGAUCAGCCUCUGGACUCUUUUAUCUACGAUUUGAUUACAUUCUUUUCUUACUCUAUUAAAGACAUCACUGCAAAAACUCAUAUCCCUGAACUUCCUCUGCAAUGAGAAGUUUGACUUCCAGAAUACCGCUGGUUUUUCAAAAUAACGACCGAGGCAAUUUCAUGCACAGUUCAGAAGAAUCGGGAGGACUUCUCUCUGAGACGAUUGACCCAGAAACAACCUCAUCGGAAACCCGCCGAGGCACUUCUACUGUCAACAUAGUCGUCAUCUUCCUCAUUUCUACGAGCCUUGUUGGAGUGCUGGCAUGGCUCAGUAUGGCUACAAGAUCGCAGAUCGACAAAUUGACAGGACCAGCAAGGUCACCUACGGACUGCGGCAAUAAUUACACGACUGCAAUCGCAGCUGGAUGCAUCUUCGAUUUCACCGCUGUGAAAUGGAUGGCACCAGAAUGCCACAACGCGACCCUCUCUAAAUCUCUUGCCUCCAAGGUCCCAAAACCUAUGUUUUUCCUAUCAAAAAAUCUUACUGAACCACUCUCUGAGGAUCCUCUUGAGAUUUCGCAGCACGACCAAAUCUGGUCGCACCAUGAAUACCAUGCUAUACACUGCACAUAUAUGCUUCAACUCGCAGCAACAGCAGCAGUAAUGGUAUCUUCCGGGCACCACAACGUUUUCUUGAACAGCUUUUCAGCAAAUGCUGACCACAUUGCGCACUGUUCCCGAGCGCUCUCAAACCCUGUCCCUGAUCUUCGCUCAGUACAUAUCCCACGUCCCGGCUCCGCUCUUCAUUGUAACAUCGUAUCACUAUAAUAAUAUGAAUAUUUUCUCCCCAAAACAUACUUACUAACGAAAACCUCUGAAUUACGUACUUGCUUAGUAUCAAGCGUACAAACGACAAUCAUACAAGAGAUGUAAGCUUUCAAUCAACUAUACUAUUCUUUUCAACCGUAGUCAUUGGUACAUCCCACAUAGAUCCAUAGGAUACAUAGAAUAGCAGAAUAGAUUAAACAUGACUGUUA